UCGCGCCUAGCGGCCCGGGCCCGCCCCAAGAGUGCUCCUCCUCGGGGCCACCAGCCCGCGGCCCGCCAGGCCCGGUGGGUGGGCGCCGGGCCAUCUCUACCCGCUGGCCGCGGUGACUCGACGACCUUGGUCCAGAGGCUCUAGCAAGGAUCCACCGGCGGCGGCGGCGGCGGCGCGGACUUUGCCCAGCGCGAGGAACCUAGUGGACUCUGUGUCCGUGGGAGGGCCGCAGAGAUGUUGGCUUUCGCGGCCAGGACCGUGCCCGGGCAAGUGGCUGUCUCUUGCUAGGUUCUGCUCACCCACUUGGUAGCACAGUUAGGCUUAGAGGUCCAGCCCAAGGCAGACAGACAGGGCUCAGAACCUCAGUCCUGCCAUGGAGGACGGGCAGCAGAAAGAGAAGGUAAAGCCCCUGGGCCUGCUCAAGCCCUCCUCCUUGGUGAAGGUUUCCGGCCGCUUCAAGGCACACCAGGAUUCGCUGCCCCGGCUGCCCGUGCCUGCGCUCCAGCAGUCCCUGGACCGUUACCUCAAGGCGCUGCAGCCCAUCGUGAGCGAGGAGGAGUGGACCCAGACCAAGCAGCUGGUGGAAGAGUUUCAGACCGCGGGGGGCGUCGGGGAGCGUCUGCAGAAAGGGCUGGAGCGCAGGGCCAGGAAGAUGGAGAACUGGCUGUCCGAGUGGUGGCUCAAAACAGCCUACCUCCAGUACCGCCAGCCCCUGGUCAUCUACUCCAGCCCUGGUGUAGCACUGCCCAAGCAGGACUUUGUGGACCUGCAGGGACAGCUCCGGUUUGCUGCCAAAUUCAUCGAGGGCGUGUUGGAUUUCAAAACCAUGAUUGACAGCGAGACCCUGCCCGUGGAGUACCUGGGGGGUAAGCCGCUGUGCAUGAACCAGUACUAUCAGAUCCUGUCCUCCUGCCGCGUGCCGGGCCCCAAGCAGGACUCGGUCAUCAGCUUCAGCAAGACCAAGAAGCCGCCCAUGCACAUCACCGUGGUGCACAACUACCAAUUUUUUGAGCUGGACGUGUACCACAGCGAUGGGACACCCCUGACGUCAGAUCAGAUCUUCGUGCAGCUGGAGAAGAUCUGGAACUCCUCGCUGCAAACCAACAAAGAGCCCGUGGGCAUCCUCACCUCCAACCACCGCAACUCCUGGGCCAAGGCCUACAGCACCCUCAUCAAAGACAAGGUGAACCGGGAGUCGGUCCGCUCCAUCCAGAAGAGCAUCUUCACCAUGUGCCUGGACGCACCCAUGCCCCGCGUCUCGGAGGAUGUGUACCGCCGUCACGUGGCCGGCCAGAUGCUGCACGGGGGUGGUGGCAAACUGAACAGUGGCAAUCGUUGGUUCGACAAGACGCUGCAGUUCAUCGUGGCGGAAGAUGGCUCCUGCGGGCUUGUUUACGAGCAUGCAGCAGCGGAGGGACCCCCCAUCAUUGCCCUCGUGGACCAUGUCAUUGAGUUCACGAAGAAACCCGAGCUUGUGCGGUCCCCCAUGGUGCCCCUGCCCAUGCCCAAGAAGCUGCGGUUCAACAUCACCCCUGAGAUCAAGAGCGACAUUGAAAAGGCCAAGCAGAAUCUCAGCAUCAUGAUCCAGGACCUGGACAUCAUGGUGAUGGUGUUCCACCAUUUUGGGAAAGACUUCCCCAAGUCGGAGAAGCUGAGCCCGGACGCCUUCAUCCAGAUGGCACUACAGCUGGCCUACUACAGGAUCUACAAGCAGGCGUGUGCCACGUACGAAAGCGCCUCCCUGCGCAUGUUCCACCUGGGCCGCACCGACACCAUCCGCUCGGCCUCCGUGGACUCGCUGACCUUCGUCAAGGCCAUGGAUGACUCCAACGUGUCGGAGCACCAGAAGGUGGACCUACUGCGGAAGGCCGUGCAAGCCCACCGAGCCUACACGGACCAGGCUAUCCGCGGGGAGGCCUUUGACCGGCACCUGCUGGGCCUGAAGCUGCAGGCCAUUGAGGACCUGGUGAGCAUGCCCGACAUCUUCAUGGACACCUCCUACGCCAUCGCUAUGCAUUUCAACCUCUCCACCAGCCAGGUCCCUGCCAAGACCGACUGCGUCAUGUUCUUUGGGCCCGUGGUCCCGGAUGGCUAUGGCGUUUGCUAUAACCCCAUGGAGACUCACAUCAACUUCUCCGUGUCGGCCUAUAACAGCUGUGCCGAGACCAACGCGGCCCGUCUGGCGCACUACCUGGAGAAGGCUCUCCUGGACAUGCGCGCUCUGCUCCAGCACCACCCUCGGGCCAAGCUGUGAGCCCCCUGUGCUCAGGCCUGCCGGCGUCACAGCCAAGCCACCGGGGGUGGGCAGCACACCAGGGUGCCGCUCCUCCGCCCCCGACCGCCCCCCACCCCCAGGCCCCGCAGAUGUGACUAAGCCAGGAAGGCAUCCCCCAGCGGGGCCUGCAGGCCUGAGCCAGUGCCUUCCAUGGGUCAUCGCCAGCAUUUGCUGGGGCCCGAGUCCCGGGCUGAGUCCAGAGGCUAAGACCCGGGCGCCCGGUGUGCCACUCAGGAGCCCUCCUGCAGGGAGAGGAACCAGAAGAGCCUGUCCCUGUCCCUCACCAGGUCACUAGACCAGAAAGUCCUUUUCUUGCUAGCUCGGCUGUAGCCAACCCCCUGCCCUCUGCACUGCCGGGCUGGUGUCUGUAUCCGAAUCCCCAGGCUCCCAAGGAUCUAGAGACAGGACUGUCUAGAGCCAGGGGCUCCAGGCCUCUCCAAGGCUGAGGCCAGGGUGCAAGGUGUGCUGGUAAGGGAAGCCCAAGGCCUCGCCUCAGCCCGCCCUGCAUGGAAGUACGAUCUUCCCCUGCCGUGCUCUUUUGGACGAUGUGGCCCGUGAGCCCCAACUCACUCGCUUCCAUUCAGUUUGAUUCCUGAACCACGUUCGUGGUUGUGUAACAGUAAUGUGCAAGGUGAUUAAUAAAGGGGAAAUUUGUCGGUGAA